GCAUCAUGCUGAUGUCCCAAGCUGGAGGAGCAGUUGGCAACUGUCAAAAUGUAACAUUCCAUCCUGGCUAACAACUGCUUUCAGUUCAGUUCAACAGUUCAACCACAUGGAGAAGCAAAACUACAGCAAGUUCUCCUGUUUCUGGGAGACAGAGCCCGUAGGCUGUAGGAGGAUAAGCUGUGACUUCUUUCACAGAAAACCCCGUAAUAUAAAUGGACUUUAUUUGCCACCGAGUAACAAUGUCCCAUUAAAACAGGAUGUCCAAGGAGGGAUUCUGCAUCCAGUCCUUCGUCAAGACUCACUCAGAAAUCAAGAGAAUAUUUUAUUGCCAAUUCAUCCUCCACUGAUUAUAAACCUCGGUGAGGAAGAGGAGGAUGAAGAGGACGAUGGAGAGGAAAAGAACUCUGUUUCUAACUUGAGGCCCAAGACCACUGCAGAUAUUGAAGAGGAAAGAGCGAUAAGGGAUAUAUGCUAUAAAUCUGGAGAGUAUUAUGGAAUUCAGAACCCUCACAAACAUCAACCAACAAAAACUGGGUCUUCACCUUGGCAAGAUGAACUACUACCCUUGGAAGCUACUGAACAAAACUUACAGAAAGGUGAUGGUAACACAAUUCCUACAAAAUGUAAUAAUGCAAGAAAAGAGAAAGAGAGUUCAGAAAGGAGAGUACCAAUAGAGAGUACUCCCAGAAAAGAUCAUAAAUCCUUUGUCAAUGGAGGAGGUGGUGGUUCUGGGACACAGAGGAGCACAUUUUUUGAUGGGACCAGAUUUGAGGCACCACUACCUUGGGAAAAAGAACGAAUUUCAUCCAAGUAUUCCAAUGCAAAAGAGACAAACCACACUGAGCUGGUAAAGAACCAUCGCUGUAAGGAAGUAAAAGAAAAUAAAUGCAUUUCUGAAGAGCCAAGAAAUUCAGCUAAUACAGUAACUGGCAAAGGAAUUCAGACUUUGGACCCCAAAGUAAAACCAAGGUACCAACAAAGGGGUCAAAGUAAGAAUGAUGAAACUGCUUCUUCCAGUCCUUAUGGGAAAGAAACUGGAAGAUACACUAAUUUAAAUUCUCCAGAACCUCGACGAUCAGCAUAUGUAGUCUAUCGUACAGUCACUCAAAAACCAAAGUUCAAUGGAUCUACAGCAGUACCUGAAUCAUAUGGUCAGAAAUGCUCAAAACAGAAGAAUCAGCCUGACAACAAUAGGAGAUUUUGGACACAAACAGAAAACUAUGGCAAAUAUACUUCAGGAUCUUCUAAUUCACCAACUUGGAGAAAAAGAAAUCCACAGGCAAAACCAAUCUCUAAGUUUAAAACAACCACUCAGAGCCAAGAAGACAUGGAAGGCAAUAGAAAAGGAGAAAAAGAAAAAUCUAAAGGAAAAUAAGGAGAUUAUCAACUGGAAUACAAAAAGAUGAUGAACCUGCAAAUUCCAAAAAGAAGGUGUAGGAAUUACACUGUAAUGUUUCUAAGUUGGCUAAAAAAUUUAAAAAGUAUACUCUGCACAGUCACACAUAAAGGUGUUUAAUAUAUCCCCUAAGUUUAAUCCAUUGUGAAAAUUUGGCAGUUGAAGUUAUUUUUACAGAUUAUGGCUGUACACCAGAAGACUGACAGUAAUAGAUAUCCAUAGAGAGCAAAAAUAUCCCUAAGCAGUCUUCCCCUUUUUUAUUUGGCAGAUCUUUAAAGGCAUAAUUCCUAAUAUGAAUAAAUACUAUUUACUUAGCAGUUUCAGAAGACUUUUGAUGUGGACAACAAUAGAAUGUAGCUGUUCUGGUGUAAAAGCCAUAUUCUUAGAUGGCUUAGCUGUUUGCCAGAUGUUUGGGGGCUCAGUCUGAAUUUGAUCUUGAAAUUUUGCUAUUUUAGCAGAGAAACAGAACUGUGUUAUGAACUAAAUGAACUUCACAACAAAAUUCUCAGAAUCAAAUGAAAUAUGUAUUUGCACACAUUUUAAACUAAAAUAUGAAGAGUUGGGUAAAGACUGAGAGGAAGACUGAUAAGAAUGAAAUUUUAAUAUUGCUUCCUGGAGAAACAAGCUUCAUACUGAGGUGUUACAUAUACGUGACUUCAUAUCUUUAUCUGAGAUGUUUUUCUUUUUUUUUGUAUUUGCCUCACCUUUGAUCAUUCUUAGAACAUAAUCAAUUUUUGAGAAGAACCCUUCAGACUUCUUUCUGUAACACUGACAAUUACUGUCCCAUAAUUAUCUUGGUAGCACCUGUAACUCAGUAUGAAAGCACAACCUUGGAGUCUUUUAUUCAUUGUGACUUUUCAGAGCAUGAGGAUGGAUCAGAUACCUUCCAGGGUACUUCUAGAUGAAAUUAUUUUCUCGUUCUAUGAGAAAUAUAGUCAUAUAUUUCUCUGUCCUACUUUACUGAAAAUAUCUCAAUAAUGGAAUAAUUUUUAUUCUAUUUUGAAAUUUAUAUAGGCAUCACUUUUCUUAACUGAGAGAAGAAUAGAAAUCCCUAGAGUAUCUAGUUUAGCUAAGUACAAGUGUACAAAACAAGAAACACGUUUUUAAAUCAAGGAACAAGGUGUUGAAAAUGUUCCCAACACCCCUAAUUAAACACUGCAUAUGCAGCCUGUUGGUUCAUGCCACACAGAUGCCUUACCACAGGAGAAAAUCAACCAGCUCCUUGGAAUAGGGGAACCUGCAGGGAGCUCCUGCUUGGUACAGGUGAUUACACCCCCUGCCUGGCCUCACCUUUAUUUAGCAGUGCAGCAAGAAGUUCUCAGGUGAACAUCCCUUCUGUUUGACAGUAGGAAUGAGGAAUAUAGUUGGCUUCUUUGGGAAAAUCCUGUAAGAGUUCCAAUGACCAAAAUAGGAUAACUUUUCCAUGGAUGGGAUCUGCAGGGUAUGCUGGGCUAUGGUUAGAGGUCCAUUCAAUGCUGCACAAUUUGGGGCUCCCAGCAUCUGAAGGGUCAUACGAUCUAUACUGUCUUCCUUUUCUUUUUAGUCUGGUCUCAAAAAAACCAGGACCUUGAGAGAUGCUUUACAGAAUCUGAGCACCUUACUGACUGGGAUCACAAACAAAGCAUCUCCUGGUUCAACUUUAUCCACCUCCCUGUCCUGAAAAGCCAAUCCCACAAGCCAAAGCCAAAAGAAAAUAAUUUUCUGGCAUCUUAACAUACUAACAUCCCAGCAAGUGAUUGGGCUAAGUGUCAGGCCCAGCUCAAGGAAAAGACAAAGAAAUGCAGGAGGAGAAGGUGUGGCCAUGAGGGCAAUUCUUGGCUGAUCCUGGGUUGUGGAACCACAGCCUCAGUACGUUAUCUCUUCCCUUUUCACUGGAGCUUCCUGUAGAGAAAUUACAAAUACUGUUCUCUUCUCAUCACUUGCUCAGAGGAAGUCGCAGAUACUAAGAAAUAUGUCACCAUUGUACACUUAAUAUAUGGCUCAACAAGAUAUUAACAGUUCCUGUGAGGUGUUAACUGCUCUUGAUGGAAAUUCGAGGAACAGAAAGAGAUCGAGUGCUUUGAGUGAUCAAAUUCUUAAAUAAGAUUUCCCUUUCACAGCUUCAAGGACACUAAGAUCCUUUUAAAUAAUAAAAAUAUAUGUGUGUUUUCCAGAUCACAGACAUUUUCUCUAUUAUAUUUUUUAAUCCGCUCUUGCUUGGUCUUCUUUGUCAUUAGGGCCUCAGAGAGGAGCCAAAGGAAAUUGAGGAUAUUCAGCAUUUUAUGCAGCGAGGCCCUAAAGAUUGCACUUCUUUUGCAUUUUCUCAUAAUCACUGUAUGACAGAUCCCCCACACUUAUUUAAGCAUAUAGUACUUGAAAAUAAGUCCUGAGAUAAUGAGCCAAAGAUCAGAGGCAGAGGGCUACUGAAAUAGAGUUGAAUUUGUCCCAGUAUUAAUAAGUAUGCAUGGCCAUAAUCUGCUGCUGAAUUGAAAGGCCCAGAGGAAAGAAGUGAUUUGUUGCUUUCACCCUAUACAUGUUAAAAUAUGUUAAUGUUUUUCCAAAUGGUACUUCUGAAAACACAUCAGACGUCUAGUCUAGAUGAAUCAUAUUACUUAGUAAAAGGAAUAACAGUGGUACUACCUGUAUUUUAUCAAAAGUUUGCAAAGCUUCCAGUCUGAGAGUCUGCAUUCCUGAACAAAAUUAUAUGGCUAAAUUAAAACCAUUAACUCCUAGCAUCUUAGCAGCUCUAAUAAUUUAAAUAAUCUGUUUAUUAAUUAACUCAAAGUCCAUCUCAACACUGGAAGGAGAAAAACAUUGAUGGUUACAAAAGAAAAACCGAAUUAAAUGUUCCUGGGAAUUGUAGGCAUUGUUUAAAAAAAGAUGGUUUUCACAGUUUCCAUUUGACCUAAUGUCUUCAAAGAUUGAUAUCCUUGUUGUUGCUAUUCAUGCAUGAUCAUAGAAUCAUAGAAUUAUCAAGGUUGGAAAAGACCUCCAAGAUCAAGUCCAAGGCUUAUUAAUGAAUUUCCACUUGAAGGAUAGAAUGUGCUUCUUACAUCUUCACAACACUUUCUGCUCCCAAGAAGGAUCUUUGAAGAUUUUGAAGAUUACAAUGCCUCACAGGAGUAUGUAACAAGCACAACAUACUGUAACAUGACCCAUGGUAAUCCUAUUGACUUCAGUAGAAUUACUGAUAUUCUUAAAUUCAAGUGUAUCUUGAUUGAUCACAGCAGAGUGGCUUCCAAGUUUUUCAUUUCAGUAUGCAUUGCAGCCUGCCAAAUUCAUGUUGCUCUUGGAGAUGGAUGAGGAUGUUAAAUGUAGCAAGACUUUUAACUUUUGAAGCAGAAUUUGCGAGCUGAGGAAAUAUAGUAGAGAAUUGUAUGAGGAAC